UUAAAUCAAAGAAUAGUAGAUUCUCUCCUCUUUGGUUAAAUCAUGAUAAAAUAGACAACCUGCUGGUGCGCUUGGCAUGACUAUGGUUGCGCAGUGAACAAAACGGAGUAUCAAAUCAUGGGCUAUUUGACUCUGUAGAGUUUAAAUAGCUUUGAUAACCUUUUACUAACCUUGGUGUCGGUCGACAAUAAGUGCGACUACUGAGUGACUACUCUGAACUGAAUCAGUAAGUACUCUUCUGUGGUACAACCGAUGUAUAGAGUUUCAUGUCUGAUUGAUGGAUCUUAUGUGUCCAAGUUUAUGGUUUUAUUUUGACGUGGGUCUGCCAAGUGACUGAUGUUUCACCAAAAUUUCAUGGGAAGGUCAUGGAAAUUUAUAUUGUUCAUAAAAUUAAUAAUAAUAAUCAGAAUCACUUCCUAAUUUGAUUUGUAAUUCAAUGAUCCAGUCCAGCAAUCAUUUCAAUCAUUCAAUUCAUGAUUUCAUAGUAAUUUGUUAAUUGUUAAUGAUAUUAUAGUUCGCCAUUGUAAAAGAUCCUAGGUAGUGUAGUUGUGUUGUUUUCCAUUAGGUGUUGUCUUUGGAUCAACAGAUCAAAGUAAUCAAAGAUGGGGAAAGGAUUCAACAAUUAUAUGUGCAAGAAAUUCUUCCAUCCUGCAUCCAGAGAUAAUUUGAAAAGGGUAUGGAUGGCUGAGCAGAAAACUGAAGCAUACAAAAAGAAACAAGAAGAACUCCGUCAGCAGUAUGAAAAAGAACAGGAUCUCCAUGACAAUAAGGCAAUGCUCAGCAAAGAUAGCAAAGAUAAGUUGAGUAUCAGUUUCAUGUAUGAACCACCACCUGGAGCAAAAAAAGAAAGAGACAGGGAAGAUAAUGAACCAGAGUAUAAAUUUGAAUGGCAAAGGAAGUACAAUGCUCCAAGAGAGAGUUAUUGUAAAGGAGAUCAAGAAAUAAGGGAUCAGCCUUUUGGUAUUCAAGUUAGAAAUGUUAGAUGCAUCAAGUGUCAUAAAUGGGGUCACAUAAAUACAGAUAAAGAAUGUCCAAUGUACAGUUUGUCAAUGAGUGCUGCCAGAUCUUUGGAAAGUGCUACUGUCAUGGAUGAAAACUCAUUGGUACAACAGAUGUUUGAUGAUGGUUUGGCACUGAAAAAACAACACAUGAAUACCUCUGAGGUCAAUAAACAUCUAUUAUUGAAGGAGGAUGCAGAACAGAACUCUGAGGUGACAUUCAUCAAAUCACUAACAAAGAAGCAGAAGAAGGCAUUAUUGAAAAAAUUGGAAAAGAUUGAGAAGGAGUCACUAAAGGGCAAAAAAGAUCCUGAGGAUAAUGAAGAAUUGUCAUCUGAAGAAGAUACAAAAAGGAACAAUCAGAGGUUCAAGAUGAGACCUAAAAAAAUUGACAAUUCUGAAAGAGAUCACACAAGGGUAAUUAAAACUGAAAGAAACUCUAGAGAAAGAAUGAGAUAUCACCAGAAAGAAGAAUCAGAUUCUGAUAGUGAUUCCAGAAUGAAGAGAAGAGAUCAGAAAACAUAUUCAACUAGAAGGAGUACAAGUGAAGAAAAGAUCAGGGAGAAGAGGAACAGUGAUGAAGAGAGAAAAAUAAGAAGCAAGGAAACAAGAAAAAAUGACAGAGAAAGAAGCCACAGUAGAAGCAGACAAACAAAGAGAAGCAGCAACAGAGAAAAAACUUAUGACAGGUCUAGAAGUCCAAGAAGAAAUUAUUGAUAGUUCAUUUUGGUGUUUAAAAAUAAUUAUGCUGAAAAACUUGUAUAGGUGUUACACGUAAUAUAUCACUAAACACAUAUAUUUCUUUUCUUUACACACACAAAUUAAAUGCAAAUUCAGUUGCAAAGAUUCAUAAUAAUUAUUAUCUAAAUAGCAUAAUCUAAUUCAUAUCUGAUAUACUGAUUUUUGGGAUCAUUUGCUAUCCUAGGAUAGCCAGCAACUAGAGCAUCUUGACCACCAAUAUACAAGGAGUUGUAGAUCUUCCAAUAUACAUCUCUGACUUUCCUAGCAGGAUGAAAUAAUCC